ACAGGGCUUCGCACAGCAGCUGAUUUCAUUGUCAGAGUUUACCAUUUGUGUCAACCAGUUUGUUUACGAAAGUUUAUAAAAACGCAAAUUGAGAAACGUGCUUGUACCGCGAUUGGUGCUAAAGGUAUUUUUCGUUUGGGCUUAUCUGGUGGUUCGAUGGUGAAAUAUUUAUGUGACGCUGUAACGAGCAUUAAAACCGAUUUAAGUAAAUGGAAGUUUUUCUUUUGCGAUGAACGUUUCGUUGACGUAACCAAUGGGGAAUCCACAUUUGGCGCAUACAAAAAGUCUCUAAUAGCGAAGACAACAUUAUUGGAAUCACAGUUCGUUUGCAUUAACACUGAUAUUUCAUUAGAAGAAUGUGCUAAGGAUUAUGAAGAGAAAAUUCUGAAGGAAUUUCAAUUAGAAUAUGGAAGUGUACCUGAAUUUGACGUGUUAUUGUUAGGAAUGGGACCAGACGGCCAUACAUGUUCGCUAUUUCCCAAUCAAAAUGCUUUGGUUGAAAAAGAGCGUUUAAUAGCUCCGAUAAGCAAUUCUCCUAAACCACCUCCGCAGCGCAUAACAAUGACACUUCCACUAAUAAACAACGCAAAAUGCUGCAUUUUUGCAAUGACUGGUGCUGGAAAAGCCGAUAUAGUAAAACGUGUUUUCGUGGACAAUGAACCGCUUCCAGCUGGAAUGGUAAAUCCCAAACACGGUUGUCUCGUUUGCAUUUUUGAUAAAACUGCUGGCAUUCAUCUCAGUGAUAGCAACUAAUAAAUUUGAUUGCGAGUGGACCUACAUUGGUUUUGGAUUUUAAAAUAAAUUAAGUGUCUGCUGUAAAAUGGGGCUUUUGGCAAUACUAAAACGAAUUUUUUAUAUUUAGUUAUAUUGAGGUAUAUGUUUGAUUAAAGGAAACACAUUUCAACAUAUACAAAUUAAUACCUGAUUUUUAUUAAAUACUUUAAUCUUUUACAAUUACAAACUUAAGACUAUAUUUUAUACAAGUAAACGUACAUAUCAACUAAGAAAUGAAGUGCAUUUUUAGCUUUUGGCAAGUAUUCCUUUAACGUCGAUUCAGUUAAAUAUUCGAUUUGU